AUGCUGAGCGAUCACGCUGAGCGAGCCAGUCUUUGCGUGGCGCCCCUCGAGAUACACCCGUCCCAGCUGGAAGACGCUGCCAAUGGAUCGUGCAACUCGUCGCAACAGCACGUCGAUCUCUAUCUGCAAUCCCACAUGACUCCCCCCGCCACUCCCAAUGGCUCCCAGGAGGACCUGUCGCCCGAGGCGGCCGUCGACCCGCCCCUCUUCCACAACUUCUUACGGGCCUUCUUCCCCUUCAGCCCCAGUUGUGCCAUGGCCGAGUCGAGCGUCACCCUGCCGCUUGACGAGGGAGAUGUCGUCCUGGUGCACUCGGUUCACACCAACGGAUGGGCAGACGGAACCCUGCUGGCCACGGGCGCCAGGGGCUGGCUGCCGACAAACUAUUGCAAUGCCUACGAGCCCGACGACAUGCGCAGCCUCCUCAACGCUCUUCUAAAUUUCUGGGACCUUUUGCGGAGCACGUCCGUGGACGACAAUGAAAUCUUCAGGAACCAAGAGUUUAUGAAGGGCAUCAUCGCCGGCGUCCGCUUUCUCCUGGAACGCACAAAUUGCCUGAACAGGGAGUCUGCCGUUGUUUUGCGCAGUGACUCGCUUCGAAGGGCUCGAAAGUCGCUGCUCUCCGAACUUUCGCUGCUGGUCAAGACGGCGAAACGGUUGCAGGAGUGUCAGAAGGGCGCCCUCGAGCCCCCGGAGGACGUCAACGACAUCAUCGACGAGAUGAUUCUCAAGGCAUUCAAAAUCAUCAUAAAGGCCGUCCGGUUCCUCGAUAUCUUGGACGAAGACACCAAGUCUCGGGCCUCGGCCGCUGUCACCGUCAUGGCCACCGUCGCCGAGGAAUCGUAUGUACCGCCGACGCCCCCCGCCGAGCAAGCAACCUUUGACGCCAACGGUGGACCCGGCGCGCCAGCAUCGGAACUGGGCGAGACUUCGGCUGCAAACGCUCCUGCCUCGCCCUGGGGUAAACGCCUCACGUCCCUCAACGCUCCCGUGCACCCCGCUCAGAACAGGCUGUCGCAAGGAAGCCUGCAGCAGGCCAAUCGCCUCUCUAGCGCAAUGGCGCAUCGCGUCUCGUUGGCCGGUCCCUCGCCCUUGUCCAGGCCGCACCAUCUGGCUUCGGAACGCCUCAAUCGAAGCCACGAUAAGUUCCUCUCGCAUCUAGGCUCUUUCAUCGGCAGGCUGAACCUGCAGUCGCAUUCGCGGCCCGAGCUCGCACUCGCCAUCAAAUUAUCAGCCACGUCCGGUGGGGAGCUCUUGGCCGUCAUUGACGGUGUCUGCGCAUACAACAGCUCGAGCCUCAGCGCCCUCGGUCAUGUCCGGGUAGCCAUGUUUGAGCGGAUCAAGACCAUGGUGCUGUCGGCCCGCGACAUUUUGGGUCACUCGACCACGGAGGAUGGCUCGGAUCUCAUCAUGCCCAACGACAACGCUACGCUACUCAUGGCGGCCACAAGCUGCGUGCGGGCCGCCGGUGAAUGCGUUGCCAAGGCCAAGGCGGCCGUCGAGAGGGUGGGGGACUUCGAGUUUGAGCUGGGCGAGAACGCGCUGGGAAUCGAUUUGAGCGUCCUCGAUGCCGUCAUGCAGGAGCGAACUAGGACCCCGUCGGUCACGGGCCGGUCCGAUGCCACCAGCCCUGGCGAGUCUUGCAAUGCUGCUGAGCCGCCGCCGCCUCGGCGGCGGACCCUCGGUGCGGUCGAUAAGCCGCUGCCUCGGGUUCCCAAGCUCAGCAUCCCCACGGAGCAGCAUCAGCCGCCGAGCCGCUCUCCCGGUUCUUCCCGGCCGGCGUCGGUUCACGACGACAACGUUUCGAGCGCAGCUUCAUCCAUCUCGUCGGCCCGACCUGCCCCCCGUCCUCGGACUGCGGGCUCCACCGCUCCCUUUCCAGCCGACCACAUGUCGGGCGCCGAUGCCUCAAGGAGCGAGCAAGAAAUGCACGCCUCGCGAUUCGACGUCCUCGCGGCCUCGAGUGCCGGGAGCACCGCAACGUACCUGAGCCGAGACUCGGAGGCCAGUCUUGUUUCGCAGACGUCGACGAGGGCUACCACGCCGGACCAUGGCCUGGCGCCGCGCAGCCAGCCGUCCAUGUCAGAACUGAGCAUGACGGGCAGCUUCUCGCAAGCCGAAGAGGCCGAUGAUGUCGAAACAAGGCUCCUCGAGAGAACCUAUGCGCACGAACUCAUGUUCAACAAGGAGGGCCAGGUCACCGGCGGCUCCUUGCCAGCGCUGGUUGAGCGGCUCACCACCCACGAGUCCACGCCGGAUGCUGCCUUCGUCUCCACCUUUUACCUCACCUUUCGGCUCUUCUGCACGCCGGUCAAGCUGACACAGGCCCUCAUCGAACGCUUCGAAUACGUGGGCGAGUCCCCUCAUAUGUCGGCGCCCGUCCGCCUCCGAGUGUACAACGCCUUCAAGGGCUGGCUCGAGUCCCACUGGAGGGAACAGACCGACCGGGCGGCGCUGAAACUCAUCAUUUCUUUUGCCGAGGAGAGACUUGGCGCCGUGCUCCCCACGGCCGGGCCUCGGCUCCUCGAGCUGGCCAAGCGAGUUUCCGGACAUGGCUUGCUGCCGGUCAUCUCCAAAAGCCAGCUGCACACGCUGAACUCGUUCAAGGCGGGGGGCAACACGCCGACUAUACUGGACUUUGAGCCCCUGGAGCUGGCCCGCCAGCUGACUGUCAGGCAGAUGGCCAUAUUCUGUUCCAUUCUGCCGGAAGAGCUGCUUGCCUCGCAGUGGAUGAAGAACGGCGGAGCCGAAGCACCGCACGUCAAGGCCAUGUCGUCUCUGUCGACGGACCUGUCCAACCUGGUGGCCGAGACGAUUCUCCAGCACCCCGAAAUCAAGAAGCGCGCGGCCGUCAUCAAGCAGUGGAUCAAGAUUGCCCACCACUGCCUGGAGCUCCACAACUACGAUGGCCUGAUGGCCAUCAUAUGCAGCCUCAACAGCAGCACCAUCAGCCGCCUGCGCAAGACUUGGGACGCCAUCUCGUUCAAGCGCAAGGAGAUGCUGCGUGCCAUGCAGGAAAUCGUUGAGCCGUCGCAGAACCACAAGGUGCUGCGGACGCGGCUGCACGACCAUGUCCCUCCAUGCCUCCCCUUUCUCGGCAUGUACUUGACCGACCUGACAUUUGUCGACAUCGGCAACCCUGCCACCAAGCAGAUGUCGCUGGGCACCGAGACCGAUGACGCGGGCGCUGGCGGCUUAACCGUUGUCAACUUUGACAAGCACUGCCGAACCGCCAAGAUCAUCGGGGAGCUUCAGCGAUUCCAAAUCCCUUACCGGCUUAUGGAGGUGCCCGAUAUGCAGGACUGGCUUGGUGCGCAGAUCCGGCGGGUUCGCGACGGCGACCAAGGAAACGUGCAAGUCACGUACUAUCGCAAGAGCUUGCUUCUGGAGCCGCGCGAGUCGGCUCACCGCCGAGAAAAUGAGCCACCGACACCCAUUUCGUCUGGAUCAGGGGCUUCGCGCGCGGACCUGUUUGCGUGGAUGUCCCGCGAUCGAGGUGGCCAGACCCCUACUCCGGCUUGA